AGCUGACCCGACGCGCCCAGUCAUGUGACAGCGACGGGGCGCCGUUGUUGUUGUUGUUGUACCCGGAAGCCCACUUCCCUGGCGGAGGGGAGGCGAAGGGAUGGCGGCGGUGGUGGUGGGGCCCAGGCUGCCCCAGGCGGCUCCUGGCGUGGGGCCGGGGCCUGCGGAGGGGGCCGACGCCCUUUUCGUGGCUCUGAGCGCCGGCUUCACGGCCUUGAGCCACCCGCUGCUCUACGUGAAGCUCCUGGUCCAGGUCGGACAUGAGCCUCUACCUCCAACUGUUGGGAGAAACAUUUUGGGAAGUAAAGUACUUUACCUUCCUGGCUUUUUAACAUAUGCCAGACACAUUGUGGAAGUGGAUGGGAAAAAGGGACUUUUUCGUGGCCUUAGUCCUCGCAUUCUCUCUAGCACUUUAUCCACCAUAAGCCGAGGGCGAGUGAAGAAGGCCUUUCCUUUGGAGGAUAUGGAACAUGUUUCUAACAGGGAUGAUGUGAAAACCUCCCUCCGAAAAGUAGCAAAAGAGACUUCUCAUGAGAUGAUGAUGCAGUGUGUAUCCCGGUUUAUCUCUCAUCCCCUGCAUGUAAUUUCUAUGCGCUGUAUGGUCCAGUUUGUAGGACGAGAAGUCAAGUACAGGGGUGUAUUUAGCUCUAUUGGGACAAUUUGGAAAGAAGAAGGACUUUGGGGGUUCUUUGCAGGAUUGAUUCCUCAUAUCCUAGGUGAUGUUAUUUUUCUGUGGUGCUGCAAUCUUCUUGCUCACCUUAUCAACACCUAUGCUGUGGAUGACAAUUUCAGCCAGGCCUCCGUGAUCAGAAGUUACACCAAGUUUGUAAUGGGGAUUGCCGUGAGUGUUCUGACAUACCCUUUUCUUCUUGUGGGAGAUCUCAUGGCAGUGAACAACUGUGGGUUACUUGCUGGCCUUCCUCCAUAUGCUCCUGUAUUUCCCUCUUGGAUUCAUUGUUGGAAACACCUCAGUGCUCAGGGACAACUUUUCAGAGGCUCCAGUCUCCUUUUUCGUAGAGCAUCUACACCAGCAACUUAUCUCGCUGAUUAAUCUCUUCUGGGAGAAAGGCAAACCUAGACGGUUAGAGGAGAACCCCUAAAAGCUUGAUCUGACAUUUCUUUUUAAGUUUGAAGUCAACGUUGAAAGAGUGAAAGCAUUUUCUCCCAGCAAGUGGGACUGGGUUCAUAACUGCACCAGGCUGUCCUAAGUUGCUAGAUAUUCUUGUCUCUUGAAGGACAGAGGAAGUUUUUCAAUAUCGGUCAAGCCUUAGGUGAAAAGAAGCCAUCUAAAGGGCAAAAGGGUGCAACUUCUCAGAGCUUGCAGAUGGUUUCCUGAGAUUGGACAAUGAGAAGCUCCUCUACAGUUUUCCAUGAGCUGUAACCCAGAUAAGAUCCAAAUUGGGUUAAUUUAUUCUUCCUUGGUGCUAUCGUUAGGCAGGCAGGAGAAAAGCUUAAGCUCUAUCAGUUUUGGUUCCUACAUCAUUCGUUACUCAACAUGCUAAUCCAAUUAUUAUUGGAAUAUGUUUAGGAUUUAGCAAAGAGGGCCACAGAAUGGCAUUUAUAAACUUGCCAUUGUGGCAUUUAUAAACUUUAUUAAUCUUAACAUUUCUGUGCAAUCUGUCUUCCACUGUCAUUGUUAUUCUGAAGGAUAUUUUCAGAUCAGAUAUUUAACUUGUACAAAGCAACUUUAUCUGGGUUUCCAAACAACCCACAUUCCUGAGCACUUGAAAAAGAUAUAGAACACUAAGGGCCAAGGUGAGAGCUAAUGUGGAAAAGUUGAAGUGCUUUAAGAGUAAGCUAUGUACUGUUCACCUGUCUGAUCUUCCAGCUAGAACUGGCAUGGUAUUUAGUAAAGAAAUAACUCUGAUUGAGACUAGGAUCCAAAGGGAAUACUACAUGUGUACUGGGGCUUUUAUUGCCUCUCUUCCCACACACAAAGCCAUUUCUGAAGGCCUUGUGGCAUACGUAGCUGCAACUGGAACUGAAAAAUCACCAGCUUUUCUGCAAAUACGUGGAGAUCAUUGCUUCUGAUUCACCUGCAAAAAGAAGUCAGUUUAGUAAGUUUGAAGUAAGAUUAUAUGUCUGCCAAGAAGUGGAAUGUGUCCUCAGUAAAUGAAUGUGUUUUUGCUGACCUAUAUUUUAUACUGACUCAGUAUAAGGCAGCUUUCUAAUUUAUUGUGUCCAUAAUAGUUUGGUUGCAUUGGAUGGCUAUUUCUUAUCAACUGGUGAUAGCUUUGGCUUCCAUCUUAUCAUGUGAAUGAUAUAUUCAUUGAACCAUGAUACAUUUUUCUAAUAGCUACUGUAGAAUCUAAAUGAUCUAUUAAAGUCUAGAGCAGAGCUGUCCAAAUAUUUCGUGUUGGUGACACACUUUGUAGACAUGCAUCAUUUUGUGACACAGUAAUUCAGUUUUACUAGCAAACCAGAGGUUAAACUAUCCCCUUACAGAAGAUACGGAUGCAUACAUAAGUUAUAAUAACAAAAUGUAUGGGGACACAAUAUAUCUCAUGAAAAUCUUUGGUUUAUAGUUUUAAGAAUUCAUGAUUUAUUACUUCUUUCACAUAGAAUCAGAAGUUUUUUGUUACACUUGUGUGACACACCUGCACGGACACACUAACUUUUCAUGGUACACAGUUUGGAAAGCUCUGGUCUAGAAGGCUGUGUGGGUUUGCCUUAUUUAGCAUGAAGAAUCUCAUUAAAUGUAAGGACCAACCCCUGCCCGCAGAUUGAUGGCUGUCCUGAGACCAAACUCAAUAAUCAUAGUUGGCAUGAUGCCUUUAAUAUAGUACCAUUUUAGCAAAUAUGCAGUAGUAUUGUAUAUGUUUUUUAAAAAUUCUUCCUAGUAAAGUCCCCAACUAUUAUUAUCUUGCCGUCCUGCCUGCUAUGCCCAUCUUCUUGCCAAUGAAGCAAAGGAGGGCUAAGAACUACAUAGAUUAAUGCAGUUAGCCAGAUGACUUUGUCUUUGCACCUUUGUAUAGUUGAAUCAUGUGUGUCUCAAAAGUAUGAAAAUUCCAAUUAUUGAAUUGUGUUAAAUAUUUUAAAAAUACUAACAAGGCUGCAGUUGGAAAAAUGUGGUUUGAUUUUGUCAAAUGCAGCUAUAUUAUUGUUUGUCAUCAGGCAUCUUAGGGGUUCUUUGUGGAGUGAUAUUCUUGAAGGACUUUUCAUAGCAGUCUGUACUCUGCCUUUGUCAGUAAACUUAGAACAGUUUUAUUUUCAUCUAGUGUGGCUUUAAAUAGAGACAUUUUCCUUGUUCAAUGCAAUGUAGUACUAGUUCUUUGUUUUUAUGUGCAUGUGUGGAUGUCUUACCUGAUGAUCUCAAAUGUAUCUGUGUUUGCUUUGUCAGAGCCUGGAAUUUUUUCUGGGUUAUUUGAAUUAAUUUUGUAAUAUUUCAUGUAGAGAGGUAUGGUACGCCUGCUUUGUGUUUCUGCCCCUUACAAUGUACAUCCUUGGUUAACCCAGGAAAAAAAUCUGUCCGCAGCCUCUUUUACAGGAGGAACUGCAAGAAUUCAUCAAACAAAAUUUGUAUUUCUAAUGCAGGAUUUCAAAUCUUUUUGUACUUUUUGUUCUGUCAUUUUGGCUGGAUAAACUUGUCUUGAUGUUUUGGAGAUGUCCAUGCAGGAUUAUUGUUCUAGAAGAGGCUCUUGCAGGACUUAGAAUAUUCUAAGAGUUUCUCCUCAUGUUAAUGCAGAUUUAUGUUUAAGAUAAUACAUGGUCUGUCUUAUGUAACUAUUAAUUCUAAGCUGAUUUGAUUUCAUUUUAAAAUAAAAUUGGCAAGACCUUUUCGGUUGAUUUCAUAUUACGUGUCAGCCUGAGCACUGUAAAACUCUAGCCUUCUUGUAUCAAAAUAAUUAUUAGUUUUCAGUCUCUUCAUUGUUGCUAUGUAGCCAAUCUCUCAAAAACUACCCUUUCUGUCAAACUGAAAAUGUGGAUUCCACACCCAGGUCAGAUGCGUGAAAGUUGUAUUAAAGCUUGUCUUUGCUUCCUAGCAUUGGUGUCUGGAAACAUUCAAAAACUGACAUGUUAUUAUCUUUGCCUUUCUACUUAUCUUAUUCAUGUCCUAUAUAAGAUGUCGCUCCCCCGCCUUCCAUUAAAUACCAUACCUCAUAAAUUCUGAUUUUAGAAGGUGAAGAGCCAGGCCGAACAGAUUGUGCAAGAAGGGGUGUUUUUCUUGAUAUUUUUUUCUUGUUUUUUAAAAAACUUUUUUGCCAGUUUCAAUUCAUUUAAUUUGGGAGUCAGCUCAUGAAAUACCAUUUAGUGAUAUCCUAUUUUGUGAAGAGUAAAAUUGUGAACGGAUAAUGUGCUUACUCCACUGCAAUCCUUUUCAGGAUAAAAUUGAUCAUUUAUCUGUACCAGACUAAUAAAAUUAUUUUCAAAAAGUCAAA